GGCAUCUUGAUUUUCGUUUUCUAACAAGCUAAAACGUUUAACUCUUUUUGUUGGACUUUUUCUAGUUUUAUAACCAAAAAUUUAUCUUCUGAAUACCCACCGCCAUGACUUUGCGUGGUGAGAUCUUCACGCAUUUAGGCAAGGAUGAAAUUAAAACGGUUUUAGAAUCGCCCACCCUAGUUAAUUGCUUCAAAUUUUCUAGAGCCGUGAGCUUUAUUAUGGUUCUAGCAUUGUAUUGGAUAUGCUACAAUUUUUUGUCGUACAUAUCAUGCGCCUUUAAAAUUAUGAUGCCUUCUACAAGGAAUAUCUUUGAGGUGUAUUUUUCAUCAGGUUUCUGGACAUUGUGCAUUUAUUUCUUGGAGGUAAAUGGAGUGAAAGUAAACAUUAUCGGAGAUCAUGUAGAGGAUGAAAACGCAUUGAUUGUGAGUAACCACCAGUCAAUUGUGGAUCAUAUAGUGUUCCCGUAUCUCACCCGCAGAGCAGUGAACGACGCAGAAUUGGAGAGAUUAAAUAUUUUCAGUGAUUCUGACGAAGAAACGUCUGACAAAAAGGCUCCACCAAAAGAAGAAAAGAAAGAGGUGAAGAAAGGAAGCAAGAUUAAGUUCAAAAUUUUAAACAACGAAGAGCCUUUUUUCGCCAAAGACUUGUCCACACUGCUUAUUCCGAAAAACAAGUUCUUCACGUGGUUUGAGAUUUGGGGUAUCCCUACAAUUGAUUAUUUUACACACAUUUCACAAGCAGAUGAAAACUGGGAAAUGGACGGAGAGACUUUAGUAACAGUUUUCCAGAAUUUCCUUGAGUCGUCAUCUAAUAUAACUCAGUGGUUAACGCUUUUCCCCGAAGUGAAUAUGUUUACGGAAAAGGACUUGAGAAUGCAGAAUAUAUCAGGUGAAAAGCAUUAUUUGCCGAUUUUUGAACAUGUGUUGUAUCCGAGAUUUGGAGGAUUUGCGAAUGCGAUCGGAGGAUUGUACAAGACGAACUUUACUCGUCUCUACGAUGUUACUUUACUUUACUACAAUAGAAACAAAACAACGGGGGAGAUCAUUAGCUUUGAUCCCCCUUCGUUGUUGAAUAUUCUUGGACUACGAGAUUGGAAUGUUGAGACAGUUAUACUAGUCAAUGUUGCUGGUAAAUUCCUGAGCAGAGUUCCAUUGAAGAGAAAUAAGCUAGAGAAGUAUUUAGAAAAUCGUUGGAUUAAGAAGGAUAAAUUGAUUAAAAAGUUACAGAAGAGAAUUUUGAGGGAGAAUGAAAUAGCGUUUCAGUAAGAAGAAAAGAUUUUGUAUGUAUAGAAAUUUCUGGUUGAUAUUAUAUACUGAUAUUAUUAUUAUUAUUAUUAUUAUUA